UCUUUCAGGACACACUCUCAUAUGCUCACAGAGCUAGAUGCUGCUCUGCCUGAUCUGCGCAGCCCUCUGUCUAUUUCCAGGUCCCACCGCUCAGAUGCACCUUCCCAGAGGUAGCCAGGGGUGGAUAAGGAAGAAAUUUCUCUAAAUCCUAGACUUUAGACAUGGAAAAGACAUAUUAGGAGCUGAAGCCUUAGAUAUUCCUCAGCAGCUGGGCAGGGUCAGAGCACCUGAAGCAUAGGAUCCCAAGUGGCUGUCUCCAAAUCAGACACACUUUGGGGUGGGUUAUUUUGGAGAUCAACUCGCUGCUCUCCCUGUUUCGUUUCAUUCUGAUGGUCGGCGUGGCUCAGGAUGAUCUGCUAGCCAGAGGUGGUUACUGUUAGAGAGCUUAUUUUUUUUACAUUUUUCUUUUUGAACUGUUACAUCUGAGCUAGUUGCGUAUAGGCGAUCCCGGGCAGUAGUUGGGAGAGGAGAGUCAGCCCAGGGCCAUUCAGUGAGACUGCCUUAAAUAUUUCUGGGUGAGGGUUGCUGGCUUCUGCUUUGGUAUAGAAGGCUGCUACAGCUGAAGAAAAGGAGGAGAAAGGAAAAAGACAAUGGGGUUGCCUCUGCCUGGGAAUAGCAAACCUUUCAUCCAGCUCUGGAACAUGCUCAGACACAAGUUACAAGGCAAAAAAUACUGGGCUCGGCGUCUGGAUGAAAUCCACCUGCUGCAGCAGAAAAGAAUCUGGGAGUCUCCACUUCUCCAGGCUGCCAAGGAGAAUGAUCUCCGGGCCAUCAAGAAACUGAUCUCUGAUGGCACCUGCGAUGUCUAUCAAAGAGGUGCAGUGGGAGAAACAGCUCUUCAUGUGGCUGCCUUGUAUGAUAAUAUGGAGGCUGCUCAGGCUCUGAUGGAGGCAGCUCCAGAACUCGUUAAUGAGAGGAUGACAUCGGAGCUAUAUGAAGGGCAGACAGCUCUCCAUAUCGCCGCAGUGAAUCAGAACAUUAAUCUGGUGAAGGCUUUGCUCAAGAAGGGGGCCAAUGUCUCCAGCCCACGGGCCACUGGACUCUUCUUCAGGCGCAGCGCCCAUAACCUUAUCUACUUUGGGGAGCAUGUUCUAUCAUUUGCUGCCUGCAUGGGGAGUGAGGAGAUCGUCCGGUUGCUCAUUGAAAAUGGAGCUGACAUCAGAGCACAAGAUUAUCUGGGGAACACUAUUCUCCACAUCCUGGUUCUCCAGCCCAACAAGACUUUUGCCUGUCAGAUGUACAACCUGCUUCUCUCCUAUGACAAGAGCGAUGGGAGUCUGGGAACCCUGGACUCAAUUCCAAACAAUGAGGGGCUCACUCCAUUCAAACUGGCUGGAGUGGAAGGCAACACCGUGAUGUUUCAGCACCUCAUGCAGAAGCGAAAGCACACUCUGUGGACUUUUGGCCCCAUGACUUCUGUCCUCUAUGACCUCACAGAAAUUGACUCCUGGGGUGAAGAUCAGUCCUUCCUGGAGCUCGUUGUCUCAACCAAGAAAAGAGAGGCCCGUCAGAUUUUAGACCUGACACCUGUGAAGGAGCUGGUGAGCCUGAAGUGGAAUAUGUAUGGACAUCCCUAUUUCUGUUUCCUGGCCUUGUUCUAUGUGCUGUACAUGAUUUGCUUCACCAUGUGCUGUGUUUACCGACCUCUGAAAGCUCGAUCAGAAAACAAAACGAAUGACAGAGACAACACCAUCUACGUCCAGAAAAUGCUGCAGGAAUCCUAUGUGGCAUAUGAGGAUGAACUCAGGCUGGUCGGGGAGCUGAUCACAGUAAUUGGAGCUGUAGUGAUAUUGAUCCUGGAGAUUCCAGAUAUCCUUAGAGUUGGAGCCACCAAGUACUUUGGACAAACCAUCCUGGGAGGACCGUUCCACGUCAUCAUCAUCACCUAUGCCUGUAUGAUCCUGGUGACCAUGGUGAUGCGUCUCACCAGCACCACUGGAGAGGUGGUCCCCAUGUCCUUCGCCCUGGUGCUGGGCUGGUGCAACGUCAUGUACUUCGCACGAGGAUUUCAGAUGCUGGGACCCUUCACCAUCAUGAUUCAGAAGAUGAUAUUUGGAGACCUCAUGCGCUUCUGUUGGCUCAUGGCGGUGGUGAUACUUGGCUUUUCAUCAGCCUUUUACAUAAUCUUCCAGACAGAGAACCCCACAGAGCUGGGCCAGUUCUACAGCUAUCCCAUGUCUCUGUUCACCACCUUUGAGCUCUUCCUCACCAUCAUUGAUGGGCCUGCCAACUACAGCGUGGACCUGCCCUUCAUGUACAGUGUAGUGUACUUUGCCUUUGCCGUCAUCGCCACCCUCCUCAUGCUCAACCUGCUCAUCGCCAUGAUGGGCGACACCCACUGGCGCGUGGCCCACGAGCGGGAUGAACUUUGGAGAGCACAGGUUGUUGCCACUACUGUCAUGCUGGAACGGAAACUUCCACGAUGCCUCUGGCCUCGCUCUGGGAUUUGUGGACGGGAGUAUGGACUGGGGGACCGGUGGUACCUUAGGGUAGAAGACAGGGUCGAUCCCAACAAGCAAAAGAUGCAUCGUUACACAGAAGCGUUUAAGACCCAGGAUAAGGAGGACUUUGACAAACACUCAGAGAAGCUGGAUGGGGAGUUCCCCUACAAGAAGAACCUAGCACCAGUUGCUCCUUCAGUGUCCCGGAGCACAUCCCAGAGCAGUUCCCACCGUGGCUGGGAGAUCCUGAGGCGUACCACCUUCAGACAACUUCAAGGGGAAGUCAACCAUGCCAUGGAAGAGGAGGAGGUCUACCAUGUCUGAGACACAUCUCUCCUGACUCCACAAUGUGGAUGCCCUGUGUUGAAGCAAUUACUUUCUCCAGGUGCUAGUGGAAACUCCAGUAUGGACACCACACUCCAUAGCUAUUAAGAGCUCUCCAGAUGCAACAGGAAUGCUCCAUGCUGCAGGAUGGACACGCUGUCCAAGUCUCCUCUUCCCCUCUUCCAUGUGUCCUUGUUGCUGUGUUGGCUAGGAGCUGAGUUGAGAAGUUUGGUGUUUGUCCAGCUCUGUAACUCUCUAAAACAGACAGAAAAAUGUGCCAGCACUGGAGUUUCAUCCAUUUACAGGAGAUCCUGACCACAGUGCAACUAUGAACUGAUCAGUAACUCCUCUCUCACCCUGUGAUACAUGGUAUCUUCCUUCCCUUGGUCCCACAAAGACCACAGUGCUUUCUGAAUUGAGGCGAGCUGACUUGGGAGAUUUUUUUGGUACAGAACUGAAAUCAAUAUUUAAACUCAGGAAACUAGUAGCUGCUGACACUGCAGUAAUUAAAGGGACUGUCCCCGUACAGCUGGCAUUCAAGAGGCUGCCAGAUGUUCCUCCCUCAAGAAAGACAAACCUUUAUUACUGGCAUUUUCCACACUACUACUCUAGGAGGGACUGAGUGUUUUUCUGCCAUAUGAAUGCACUUUAAUCGUAUUUGCUACAGAAAUGUGAUUCUUGGUUUCCUAAGGAUAUGUCACACAUUCUGUGCUGGGACUUUUAUCCUGUUUAAAGAGGGUGCAGGGGCUGGUGAGAUGACUCCCUAAGGAGAUUCCAGGUGAAUUGAUCCUGAGCCGUGUUUCCUAUGGAAAAGUAGAAGUCUCUGGCUCAGGUCUGAUAUCUGCCUGCCAUCUGUUAUCUUUGCUGUGUUGAGACUGCAGGCUGUUUGGUCCCUGUCUUCAUGGAGACCAGUGGUGUAGCUGUGGGCAAGCUGUGGUGAGGCAUGUCUGCUGCAACUCACCCUGUGCUAUGUCACAAGGGGAAGGGGGAGCUAUAUGGCCACUGUCAAUCAACAGGGGAAGCAAGUGCUGGGUGAGACACAGUGGGAGGUAUUGUGAGGCAACUCAGAAACAAGUCUUGUCUCUUUUAACAACAUACAAUGAUGCCUGGUCCACAAUGACUCUGAUUCAUCCACACAGUCCCCCACUCCAGAUUCAGUGCGUUUUCACCUCUUCCUUUAGUUCUCUGCCAGGACCUCCCUUCAGGAAAAUGACUACAGGGAAGAAAUGAGGUGCCCUUUUGGAGGGCCUCAUGCCCUCACCAACUCACAGUGUAAUCCCAAUAGCAGAAUUAAUUUGAGUGCAACUUGAAGCCUGACAUUUCCUCUUUAGCAGGCCCUGUGAGACAAUCUCUGUGUCUAAGGGGGACCCAAAGAUAGCUUGCUUGCAUUAGACCCUACCAUUGUAACAGGCCAUCCUUUACUGCUCCUUGGCAUCCAGAACCAAGGAGUGAAGGAACAGAAACUAGUGGCUUUCUUAUUAAUGGUGUUAUUCCCACCCUUCAAAACAACUAUCCCCUGCAUGGGACUGCUGCAGACUUUAGUGCCAUAUCCAGAUGCAUGGCCUUUGAAGUUAUGUGCAUUUUAUUAAAUGUACUAUUUUUCUCCUACUUGAAUGUGUGCUUGAGCCCGAAGGGAUUUUUCUCCUUGGGUUAAGAUGAAUACUUAUUCACUGUGAUUAAUUGAAGUCGUGUGAAUUGGUCUUUUUUUCAUCUCUAUACUCCCAGCCCCUCCUGUUUAACCACAGGAAUUUGCACUAAAUGUUUAUGGAAAUGGGAAAUCUGUGAUUUUGCACAUUUACCAAAACUGUGAAUUGCUGCUGUGAUUGUAAUUUAAUUUCCUUAAUCAAUGGAGGAGAGAAGGGAAGGGUGCUGGUGGAGUUUUCCUUCAUCUUUCCAAAUCUGCCUGUGCUCUUCAACCAUUUGGAAAUCUGACAGAGACACAAUUAAGAUGGAACACCAUGAGGUCAUUUUUACCUAGCAAUUCCCUAAUGUGAUUGGCUCUAUUUACAAAUCAAAAUAUGAUUGUUCUAAGUGUCAGCAAAACACACACUGGGUCUGAAAAUCCAGCUGUGCAUUUUCUGUCUUUGGUGUCACCAUAAUCACACUUUAAACUUUUAGUGCCAGUAUCUCUCCUCAGUUCGGCCUUCGCAAUUUCAUUAAAGCCAUUGGGAUUGUGCAGGUGUAAAUGAGAGUAGACUCCAGUUGGCCCUGUGUGUUCGUACAGACUCACUAGCCAAAACAGGUGCCCCAGGGACAAGACAAGUGAGAUCAGUAGGUGUAAAACCUGUAUGAAUUGUUGUUCCUGUUACUUUUAAAUUCUGUACAUAAAAUGGGGUUGAAAUGUAGACCAAUGUGAUUGGCUCUGCUGUUUUUCACUAUGACAUGAACUGGAGCUACUUUGCCUCAUCAUAUCCUCCAAUUCAUAAUCUCCUUCCUCCUUUUUUGCAUCAGAAACUUGCAAAGCAAGACAGGGGGAAAUAUAAUAUGGAGUUCUGAGAACCUUUUGUGAAAUACACAAAGGAUACUAUGAAGAAGCAAAGAAUCUUUUUUUUAAAAUGUCCUUAUGUAUGUUACUAAUCAUAACAACUUACAAAUCUUUUAAGAAUUUCAAAAUCUAACUAACCAUUCCUGCUGUUUUUAUUGACUUUAAUUUGCAGUUCACACAGAUUGAACGGGAAAGCUAGACCUGCCAGCUUCAUUCUGUCUCCUGUAACUUGGGCAAUGCUAUUGCGUUUGGGCUUCCUACAGAGCAAGGGAACAUUCACAUUUAAAAAACCAACCCCCCUAAUUAUUUUCACUUCAUGCAAAUGGUUUGGUUCAAAUUAGAUUUUGAGAGUUAGUGAAACUUCUUAAAAUAACAAGCCCUACAUUUUGAACCUAAAUAUCUUUACGAUAUAUCUAAGUAAGCAAGUAUAAGAUCCCAGUCAAUCAUCAGGUAUGUGUAGAAUUUAAAAUGAAAGAUACUUGUAAUUUUAAAAAGAAUUGUAAAAUAAUAUCCUCAGUCCCUUACCUGUCCAGCUGUGGGCUCAGCAUUUGGUAUUAGGAGAAAUGCCUGAUAACCAGAACUUGCAUAGAAGUUGAUGGAACUUUGGCUAUUAAUGGCAAUAGGAAUAAGGUUGGGCCCCAAUAGCUGGGCCGGGAGUGUGUAAAUGCUCUGCUUUAGGGGCCCAGACCAGCCAUAAGCUGAGCUCCUCAUAGGGGUUGGUGAGUGCCCUGAACUUCUGUUCACUUCAGUGCUCAGUUGAAUGAAGCUGACAUUCUUGCAAUGACAUCAAGUCUCUGGGCAGGCUCAGAACCUUACUCGGGAAAGACACCCAUUAAUUUUAAUUGGCUUUGGAUUGGCCCUAAAACAGGUUUCUAAUCUAGUAAGGAUGACUUUUUUUCAAAUGCAAUUUUAAAUCCUCUCAUUAUUAUUUAACCAAUUUGAGUCUUAAAAAGGGUUUUAUAUACCUGUAUUUAAAAAAAAAUGUUCCCAUGAUCUGUUUUUCUGAACUACCUUUUGUUUUCAUUUAACAUGUAAUUUUUAUGGUGACUCUGUAACAAUGAUAUUCUGUGUUUCAUGGUCUGUGUUGCUGAUUCAGUUUCCAGUCAAAAAGUUCUUCUAACUGGCAACUCUACAAACUAUACAUGGGUUUUGAAAAUUCAGCUGUGCUUUUUCUAUGUCUUUCCUAUUCAUCAUUCACAAAACUUCCACAAUCAUAAUUCUAAGUGCUCUCUUGAUGAUGAGUGAGGCAGGCUCCCUCUUCCAUAGCUUUAUUGGUUCUGCAGAAGUAAAAACUUGUUUGGGUCAGGAAAGCCAGCAGAUAUGACACAGAUCAAGGGCCAAAUACUUUGGGUAAGAAGGAGCCUCGUUUAUACUAAAACAUUUUGGACCAAAACUGCACAUUUGUACUGUAUUCUCUUCUACCUCUGUAAACAUGGAUUAAAACUUACACUGAUGUAAUUCGGCCCCAAGACUCUGAAAUGUGGUACUGAUUAGAGCAGAUGAUCAUUAUUGCUAUAAUACUCAGUUUGUUUUCCUCCAGUGUUUUUAUCAUUUCAGAACAGACCUUCCUCUUUCCCCACCUCUGCCAACUGGUGACCUCAAACAGUCUUUAAUUUCUACUGAAGCAACUUCAAGGUUUUAAGAUCUUUUCUUGUAUCUGGAAAAUUAGUAGGUCAGAAAAUGUCUCUGAGGUGAAAUGGAUGAACUGAUUUGAUCUGAUAUUGUGGAUUAAGAAAAUUUUGUUCAAAAUAAAAAUUUGAAGAUUAAGCAUG